CGGAGCGCACGCCGGCACUCCCGCUGUGGUAGUUGUACAUAGCAGGUCCUGGGGCAGCGGAGGGGAGGACUAGAGAGGGGUCUCCAGGAGAAAAAUCGGAAGACCCUGAAAGACCAGCUAGGUUUCGGGAACCAGAAACACUUCUGGGGAACCCUGGGGCUCGGGGCGCGCGACCAUUUACUGGCGCUAGCAGGGAGCGCGAGCAGGGUUGGUCCCAUGGCCAAGAUUCUGAGCUGCGAUUCCCUCCGGCCCCCUGGGAUUUUCUACCUUAUUAGUUCCUUGUUUGCUGGACUACUCUUACCACGGGCUGUCGCCUUCAAUCUGGAUGUGAUGGGCGCCCUACGGAAGGAGGGGCAAGCUGGCAGUCUCUUCGGCUUCUCGGUGGCCCUGCACAGACAAUUACAGCCCCGACCCCAGAGCUGGCUGCUGGUGGGUGCUCCCCAGGCCCUGGCUCUCCCUGGGCAGCAGGCAAAUCGCACCGGAGGCCUCUUUGCUUGUCCCCUGAGCCUAGAGGAGACAGACUGCUACAGAGUGGACAUCGACAGAGAAGCAGCUAAUGUGCAGAAGGAAAGCAAGGAGAACCAGUGGUUGGGAGUCAGUGUCCGGAGCCAGGGACCUGGGGGCAAGAUUGUCACUUGUGCGCACCGUUAUGAGUCUCGACAGAGAGUGGAUCAGAUCUUGGAGACUCGGGAUGUGAUUGGUCGCUGCUUUGUGCUAAGUCAGGACCUGACCAUCCGAGACGAGUUGGAUGGUGGCGAGUGGAAGUUCUGCGAGGGGCGCCCACAGGGCCACGAACAGUUUGGGUUCUGCCAGCAGGGCACAGCUGCCACCUUCUCCCCUGACAGCCACUACCUCAUUUUUGGGGCUCCAGGAACCUAUAACUGGAAAGGCACAGCCAGGGUGGAGCUCUGUGCACAGGGCUCGUCGGACCUGGCACACCUGGACGAUGGACCUUACGAGGCGGGGGGCGAGAAGGAGCAAGACCCCCGCCUCAUCCCGGUCCCUGCCAACAGCUACCUUGGGUUCUCCAUCGACUCUGGGAAGGGUCUCAUGCGUUCGGAGGAGCUGAGCUUUGUGGCGGGAGCCCCCCGUGCCAACCACAAAGGGGCGGUGGUCAUUCUCCGCAAGGACAGCGCCAGCCGCCUGAUACCUGAGGUGGUGCUGUCUGGGGAGCGCCUGACCUCUGGCUUUGGCUACUCACUGGCGGUGGCUGAUCUCAACAAUGACGGCUGGCCAGAUCUGAUUGUGGGCGCCCCCUACUUCUUUGAACGCCAAGAAGAGCUGGGAGGCGCCGUGUACGUGUACAUGAACCAGGGUGGUCGCUGGGCAGAUGUCACUCCUCUCCGGCUCUGCGGCUCCCCUGACUCCAUGUUUGGGGUCAGCCUGGCCGUCUUGGGGGACCUCAACCAAGAUGGCUUCCCAGAUCUUGCCGUGGGAGCGCCGUUCGACAGAGACGGGAAAGUCUUUAUCUACCAUGGGAGCAGCCUGGGGGUGGUCGUCAAGCCUUCACAGGUGCUGGAGGGCGAAGCCGUGGGCAUCAAGAGCUUCGGCUACUCCCUGUCCGGUGGCCUGGAUGUGGACGGAAAUCACUACCCAGACCUGCUGGUGGGCUCCCUGGCUGACGCGGCUGCGCUGUUCAGGGCCAGGCCGGUUCUCCAUGUCUCCCAAGAGCUCUCCAUUACGCCGAGAGCCAUCGACCUAGAGCAGCCCAACUGCGCGGGUGGACGCUUGGUCUGCGUGGAUGUGCAGAUCUGCUUCAGCUAUGUUGCGGUGCCCAGCAGCUACAGCCCUGCCGUGGCCCUGCACUACAUGUUAGACGGGGACACAGACCGGAGGCUCCGGGGCCAGCUCCCACGCGUGACUUUCCUGAGACGAGGCCCGGACGACCUCAAGCACCAGUCCUCAGGCACUGUGUGGCUGAAGCAGCAGCAUGACCGCGUCUGCGGAGACACCGUGCUGCAGCUGCAGGAGAAUGUCAAAGACAAGCUGCGGGCCAUUGUGGUCACCCUGUCAUAUGGUCUCCAGCCCCCUCGGUUACGCAGACAAGCUCCUGGCCAGGGGCUCCCCACUGUGGCUCCCAUCCUGAAUGCACACCAACCUAGCACCCAGAGGACCGAGAUCCACUUCCUGAAGCAAGGCUGUGGUGAUGAUAAGAUCUGUCAGAGCAACCUACAGCUCGUGCAGGCCAGAUUCUGUUCCCGGAUCAGUGACACGGAGUUCCAGCCUCUGCCCAUGGAUGCGGACGGAACAACGGCCCUGUUUGCACUGAGCGGGCAGCCGUUCAUAGGCCUGGAGCUGACGGUCACCAACCUGCCCUCGGACCCAGCCCGGCCUCAGGCAGACGGGGAUGAUGCUCAUGAAGCCCAGCUCUUGGUCACCCUGCCAGCCUCACUGCGCUACUCAGGAGUCCGCACCCUGGACUCUGCGGAGAAGCCACUGUGCCUGUCCAAUGAGAAUGCCUCUCACGUUGAGUGUGAGCUGGGGAACCCUCUGAAGAGAGGUGCUCAGGUCACUUUCUACCUCAUCUUCAGCACCUCGGGGAUCACUAUUGAGACCACAGAGCUGGAGGUGGAGCUGUUGUUGGCCACGAUCAGUGAGCAGGAGCUGCGUCCAGUGUCUAUUCGAGCGCACGUCUUCAUUGAGCUGCCGCUGUCUGUUUCAGGGGCUGCCUCUCCCCAGCAACUUUUCUUCUCCGGGGAGGUGAAGGGGGAGAGCGCCAUGCGGUCUGAGAGGGAUGUGGGCAGCAAGGUCAAGUACGAGGUCACGGUCUCCAAUCAAGGCCAGUCACUCAACACUUUGGGCUCUGCCUUCCUCAACAUCAUGUGGCCCCAUGAGAUUGCCAACGGGAAGUGGCUGCUGUACCCCAUGCGGGUGGAGCUGGAGGGUGGACAGGGGCCUGGGAAGAAAGGGAUCUGCUCCCCAAGACCCAACAUCCUCCACCUGGAUGUGGACAGUAGGGACAGGAGGCGGCGAGAGCUGGGGCAGCCAGAGCCUCAGGAGCCUCCAGAGAAGCUGGAGCCUAGCACAUCCUGGUGGCCAGUGUCCUCUGCCGAGAAGAAGAGAAACAUCACUUUGGACUGCGCCCAGGGCACGGCCAAGUGUGUGGUUUUCAGCUGCCCGCUCCACAGCUUUGAUCGCGCGGCUGUGCUGCACGUCUGGGGCCGUCUCUGGAACAGCACCUUUUUGGAGGAGUACAUGGCUGUGAAAUCCGUGGAAGUGAUCGUCCGAGCCAACGUCACCGUGAAGUCCUCCAUCAAGAACCUGUUGCUCAGAGAUGCGUCCACGCUGAUCCCAGUGAUGGUCUACUUGGACCCCAUGGCUGUGGUUGCAGAAGGAGUCCCAUGGUGGGUCAUCCUCCUGGCAGUGCUGGCGGGGCUGUUGGUCCUGGCCCUGCUGGUCCUGCUGCUCUGGAAGCUGGGAUUCUUCAAGCGGGCGAAGCACCCCGAGGCCGUCGUGCCCCAGUACCAUGCCGUGAAGAUCCCUCGGGAAGACCGGCAGCAGUUCAAGGAGGAGAAGACAGGCACCAUUCAGAGGAGCAACUGGGGCACCUCUCAGUGGGAGGGCUCUGAUGCACACCCCAUCUUGGCUGCCGACUGGCACCCUGAGCUGGGUCCUGAUGGACAGCCUAUGCCACUCUCUGCCUAAGUUCUCUUCACCCGUCCUCAAGGCUGUACCUUGGGGUGGAGAUGGUGGAGUAGGCUUCUGGCAUCAUUGAGAUAUGGCAGGCUCUGCCUCCUCAGGGGGCAGUUCUCUCCCACUGUGAGAACCACCCCUCCGGCUUCCCCUUACAAUGCUGUGAGAUGAGGAGGGCAUAUCAGGGAUGGGCUGUGGGACAUGGCUGGGAGGGCAGGAUGGGGAGAAGGGGUCCCAAGCUUCCUCUCUCACCCACCCUGUAACCCCUGUCUUCCCCAAAGUGCCUUAGACAGAGGGUCAGGGAGGAGAUCGUGUCACUGUCUCAGGGGCUCUUCCUUCCCUAGUCUUUCCUGUUCUCUGGCCCUCCCGUGCUGUCCCAGCCUAGCAAAUUUGUUUAUUUAUUAAAAAGUAUUUGACGAUAAAAAUUCUGGUUGCUUUAUUGAGUGCUGUUCUCCCAUGUUGAGAGUUUCUGCUUCUCUCUGGUCCUCUGAAGCUCAGGACAGAGUGGGUAGUGGGGGAGGAGGCUGAGGUGACCUGGUGUGUUGACUUGUGAUUGGUUCCAAGGGGCACAUGGGUGUAGUCUCAGGACAGCAGUGAGAA